CUGUUUAAAGCUUCUAAAUUGUAUUUGGUUUUUGUUGAAGUUUAUUAUGGAACUUGAUGGCUGCAGUAAUUGUCUCGGGUCAAGCAAGGCCAAAAGUGAAGCUCAGCUCACAAUCAAGCAGUGGUUUAGCGUCAGACUGUGUUGGCAAUCUAAUGAGGCUGACGUUGGACAAGGCUCUCGCAGUGGGGAACCAGCUCGAGGUGGAAGCUAUCAAUGGCACCCAGCACGUAGUGUUGACACCCAGCCUGGCUGCUCAGUGUGGAUACAGCAUGGAGUCUGACCCGUGGGGAAACACCAGAAUCUACGCAUCUCUGCUGGGCUGCUACGUGAACAACAAAGCUGAUACAACAUUUAAUGUUGGCAUGAAACUUCGACUGUACAAGAGCAGUGCAUUGGAUGUGAUUAGUCACGAUGUGUCACAAACCUGCAGCUAUAGUCGCUGGGCCUCCAGAGAGAUUCUCUGUGACAGGAACUACAUGGAAGUGUCAAAAUACAUGUCUACACCUGACUCACCAAGUGAUCCUAAAGGGCAGACUCAAGAGUUUAAAGAUGAAGACUCCAACAUCAAUGCUGUCCCUGGUUUCUCUGGUGCAGAACAUGGUAUCUGGAAGAUGACAUUUUUCACUCCUGAGCCAGUGGCAAUGGUGCUGCGGGAGGCCGAACAAGCCGGGUACAGCGCCAUGACAACCUCCACCCGUCUGGUCGUGCGAAGCCCCUACAACACUGCCGAGACUUACAUGGAGGAUGUGGCAGGAGUCCCCAUGGAAGUCUUCAAGGUGAGCACCUACUACAAGGCGCCUCAGGGUUUGAGUAUUGUGAACUUGGCAGCUGCUUGUCCCACGGGUGGCGUCCUCUUCACUGAGGAGUCAAUCUCCUGGCACAUGCCUCGCCGUGUGACCCCUCUGAUGGACAGCAGGUUCAGAAUUGUGGAAAUGCACAUGGGCAUCAACGGGCAGCGACUGGAUAAAUCUCAGAUGGCAGCAAGAGGGUACUCGCUGUCUGUGACAGAUUUCCACAUCGUCACAGAGAUCCCAGUGGGAUCACCUGAUGGUUACUACAAGAGCCAUGCCCCAGACUACCAGUACCACAUCACCUUCACUGUGGAGCCCAUGCUUGAAGUACUGUGGAAGGGAGAUAACGCCCAAGAUGAUAUCAAAUACAAGAUUUUGUUUCCAAUUACAACCCCUCUGAUGCCCCAAACCACCUAUGCAGAAGAUCUUACUGUCCCUGAGGAUGGUGUAUUCAGGGUUCAGUUGGGAGCCUUUCUUCAUGAUGUGGAGCUGAGGAACAUCACAUUUUCUACUGGAGUCCUCACAGUUGAGGAGAGCAACACCAGAGGCUUCACUGUCCAGGAGCACAUCUUUCCCAAUGGCACCAAGGGAUACUCUCUCCAAGUGGCCUUUAAUUCUGAUGUAGUCAUGAAGCAUAAUCCUGAAGCCUUGGUCACAGUCUACACCCUGCCUUUGGUGUUUGGGUUCAUUGUCCUGCCAGAAGAAACUCCAUUUGCCCAUGCAGAGGUGUUCCAUGUGUCCCUGCAGGAUGUUGUGCUUCCUAUACUCACUGGUACCUGUGACCACAGUCAAUUUUACACCAGUGUGGAAUAUGGCAGUCAAGGUCGCAACAUUCAGACCACAGUUGGAUAUGUGCCGCUGACACGUGAGCUGGCUGAGAGCUAUGGUUUCCAAGACAACGGCACCCACUUCAGCCUUGUCAUUCCAUAUACAGCCAAGGAGACAAUAUUUGAGCUGUUUGCUUCACAUUAUGUCAGAGCCAGACUUGACAUUCUGCUUUAUGACAUCAACAAUCAGUGGCUGCUUGGUGAUCUCUUCCUGACCUGCUAUUUCCCUUUAACAACAACCAUGUGCUACUCAAAUGGAACAAUAACCGCUCUGGCUAUGAAGACCCAAUCUGUGCCCAGUCUUAACCCAAGCCGGUUAACUUUAAGGGACCCGUCCUGCAAACCAGCUUAUAGCGACGAUCGCUUCGCUCACUUUUCUUUCACUGCUGAUUCCUGUGGGACCACGAGAACAUUCUUUGACAACUACAUGCUGUAUGAAAAUGAGAUUAGCAUAUCUUAUUUGGAUGAUGGAGCCCACAAUGAUUCACCAGUUGAUCCUGAGUACAGGCAAACUGUUUCUUGCUACUACAUGGUAAACAAGACUGAGACUCUUGCAUUCAGCUAUAAACCAAGAACAUAUGAUCCAAAAGCGGAGAUCGGGACAGGGCAGCUGAUGGUGCAAAUGAGGCUAGCAAAAGAUUCUUCCUAUGAUGACUUCUAUCAAGGACAAGAUUUUCCAAUAGUGAAAUAUUUGAGGCAGCCUCUGUAUUUUGAGGUGGAGCUGAUGCAGUCAAGUGAUCCCCACCUGGAGCUCAUCUUGGAGAACUGUUGGGCAACUCUUCAGGAAGAUAGGAUGUCUUUACCCAGCUGGGACAUCAUUGUGGACAGUUGUGGAAAUCGUGAUGACAGCUACAUGACCACCUUUCAUCCUGUUGUGAGCGACACCAGGGUUGCAGUCCCCUCCCACAUCAAGCGCUUCUCUAUGAAGAUGUUCGCCUUCAUCAAAGACGAAGCGGUUCUAAAAGACGAGAUCUUUGUCCACUGUGAUGCAGUGAUUUGUGACACAAACAGCCAGGAUGAUGGUGCCUGCAGAGGCCAGUGUGUGCAACCCACAGGCAUAAAGAGCUCUCAGCAUCAGGGGACAAAGGGUUCAAAAAGGAGUAAGAAUGUCUAGAGAUUUGAACUGAAGUAUUUAAAAUGAAUGUGAAGUUUGACUUUUUUUCUUAUUUUCAGGGCAAAGAAAUGCAGACUCAACCCAUCAAACGCUGAUUUCCUCUGGACCGAUUGUUGUA